UACUGAGCACAAGUUCAUUCAGGCGUUAAUGAGCGUUCAGUCACAUGAUCAAAUAAGUAAGCACGUAGUUUAAUUACAUCUUACGUGCUCCUUUUAAAAAAUGUACGGAAAUGUAUCUCAAUCUGUAAUCAGGAAUAUCUGAAUACAUGGGAUUACCACUUUAAAAUCAUGAUCAACAUUAUAAAUUUCACUGCUUAAAGUAAAAAGAAGGAACAAUAGUGUAUCAUAGAUGGAAAGGUAUAUGCACGCGCGCAAUGACGUCGUAAUGUUCCCCCGAUGAGCGGUUGUCAUUUCGAGUGUUGAUUCUUUUCAGAAUAUACAGAAGGAUAGUAUUAUUCUUGGCCGCAGAUCUUUUUGUGGCGACUAGACAUGUCGAUUUUUUUUUUAUGUUCGUUGAAAGUGUGUAGCAGAUGGUUAACAAAAUGACUAUGAAUUGAGUGUGUUUAUCUUUUGUGUGGUUUGCGUUGAGUGACUGUUUUUAGAGUUAAAUAUCUUUUUCCUGUGUCUGAAGACGGUCAAAACAGUAUUAUUAUAGUGUAUUUAACCAGGUCGAUAAAGACUAUUGUCUGUCAUGAGCCUGAUCUUGUUUUUUUAAUACCGUGAGUGUAAAAAGGUGCCCCGACCCGGGAUUCGACCACCCACCGGGAUCUGUUACCGUAUAUAGUUCAACGUCCUGAGCUGCUGAGCAUAUAUGAUUAAAUAUAUCAAUAAUAAGAAGCGAGUAGGACAAUUACAUAUUAUUCAAUGCUCGUGUUUCUAUUAGACUGCAGUACACUUGAUCAGGUAAUACAACAAGGAUAAUGGAAUCAUCAUUCCGUCUAAACGUACCGGUACCCUAAAAUAUCAAUUAUAGUUUUCAAACCAUUAUUUUACAGUGACUAUGUUAAAGUGAUUACGUUACAUUGAUUAUUUUACAAAAUAAAUUGCAAAAUGUAUUCAAUUAUAGUUAAUCUGUGUGUUCUAAAAUCCAGGUGUCGGUACAGGUGUCGUGUGGAAUAUUGACUGUUAUGAGUAUUGACAGGUGGCAAGUAAUUCUUCAUCCAAUGGAGUCUUUAGAGAAAAGAACGAGGAGAAAAACAGUUAUAAUAAAUUUUACAGUUUGGCUUACGUCCUUUCUUAUACAUAUCCCAGUCAUAUUUUUCUUCCAAGUUAUGGACUUGUAUGAGGGAACACAAAUGUGUAUGCGUAUUUCACCGUUUUCGCAAGACAUUUCUCGAGCACAGGAGAUCAUAUCUGUCUUUCUCCUUUUCAUCCUCCCACUUAGUGUCAUCACUUAUUGUUAUGUGCAGAUCUUACGCCGCAUAUGGUCAAAACGCCACCACGUCAAUAUUAUGAGCACGAAGGCUGAACGUAGGCGGCGCUUGCGAGUUACUCGCAUGACAUUAAUAGUUGUGAUUUUAUUUGGUGUUUGUUGGGGUCCAAUACAUGCGAUAAAUCUAAUAGUACUGCUACAGAAUCCAAACACCGAAAACGAUGCUAUAUCAUGGUAUCGUUUCAAAGUGUUCUGUCUGUGUCUAGCGUAUGCGAACGCUGCAAUGAACCCGUUUGUGUACGCGUUCAGUGGACGUAACUAUAGAUCCUUGUGCUGGUCGGCGAUAUCGGGUAAACGUCGAUUUAAAGGUAGACGGGAAUCAUCUGUUACAAACAUAGAAAACAGUACAAGCAUAUUCCGAUCCUGGCGCCAGAGUUCAUAUAGGAGGGCAUCGGUAAAGCAGGAACGUACAUACCGCUUCAGUUUUAGCAAUAGUUUCUUAUCAAGGCCACAAUUGACUUCAGGAUCCAUAAAAAUGAAAUCAUUUCACGAAGCCAAGGAACCAGAUUAAACGUGUUUGCAAGAGGGAUGGGAUUGGUGAAACAGAAAGUGACCCAAAAGUGACGCAAAUUAAAGAAAUAAGGGCCUAGUAUGUACUGUAGCUGUUCACAAAUUUCUGAAAACAACUGAUUAUAAGUUAACAGUGCUCUCGAUAUUGUUUAAACCAUGUAAAUCAUUAUAUACAAUAGGCAUAUACACCUCGGUAAGCUUAUUUCUUGUAGACCUAUAUAAUAUUUUAUAUAUCAUAUUAUUUAGUUUGAGUAGGCCUAAGUAUGCUCCAGAACUCGACGCUUGUGACUAUGUAAAUAAUAGACGUAAAGUUUAUAUAAAUAUAUACCGUAAUUAUAAAUUGUUUACCAAUGCGAUGUUAUCAAAUAGAGUAGACAUACGUUAUAAUUAUUCAUCAAUCAAAGUAACUCAAAAAUUUGAAACAUUCCUCUUAGUUCUAUCGUUUUAGCGGUUCAAUAUACAGGUAUUUUGUAAUUGUUUAAAUACGGUAUAGUUGGACACGAAGUAAGAAAUUAAUACAUACCUUCAGCUAAUUAGGCCUUAUCAACAAAGAAGAACUGAAAUUGUUCUAGGGUUUUAAUUACCGGUACUAUUGAAGGUAAUGAGUCAAUCAGUUAACCAUCAUUCACAAUUCGUUCAUAAUAUAUUUGAUUACAAUGUAAUCGAAGUAAAACAUACAUGUGAUGUGUUUUUAUGUUUUUCUUCAUAUGCUAGGCCUUUUUGGGGGUAUUUUUUCUUGUCAACAAAUUGUUGUUCGUCAAAAUCAUUAGUUAAGAAUGGAUUCAUAUUGUCUCACUGUUUUUUAAUACCGGUAGUCAUUAUUGGAUUGGGGGAUAAACGCAUGCGCAUGCAGCUGGACGACCGAAUCAUUUUUAAAAAGGGCUGCCUAGAGCGUACGUGUGAUUCAAAUCGAUCUUGUAAAAAUGUCGUGGUUUGGUUUUGCAAAACAUAAUACUGUAGGGUUAUUAUUGAGAUACUUUGGUUGGUUGUAAGAAAUAUAAGUGAAAUAAAGUUACAAUGAGGCCAA